GAAACAAGACAGGAAGUAUAUUCAAAGAACUAGAAAAUAGAAAUAGAAAACGAGGUGGACGACCAGCUCGGUAGCUGAACUGGUUCAGACACCUUCACCAUCUUCCGAGCAUCGAUGAAAAUUCAACUGAGCCAAUCACAAGUCUUACUCGAGCUCAAAGCUCUGAAGGAGCAGCAAGAGGAAAUCUUAGCGCAGCUAGAAAUAAACCGGCGUCGCAGGCGCAAACGUUCCGAAGUGAAACAGCCCGAUCCUCUCCAAGGACCGUUAGGAACUGAUGAGAAUGUUCUACUCCCCGGCCAUGCACACCCCGCCCACAUCAAGUCGACGGAUAUUCACUCUGAUCUGCAAGGCAGCGUAUCAUUGCGCGCCAACCAGACGUUCUUUGCGGAACAGUUACAUGAUGAUCCUGCAAAGGGAGGGGAUAAGCAAAAGCAAUUCGCUUCUCAAGGGCAGCCAACCAGCAAGCAAACCAGUAUCAACACGAAUCCUUCGGAGGUGGACGUAGCCCGGGCGCACUACACGAGCCAUGGCACCCAGGGGCUCCAUCCACCCAAGUCGAUGAUGGCUUCGAAUCAGCCUCCAGUCGGCGACGUUUCUUCUCCAGCAGCCCCGAAGAACGGCAGCCAGUCCAGCGGUGACAAGGGCUGUCGAGCCAAACAAAGGCAAGAGAAAGCUCUGGCGAGUUUUCGGGCAUAUGCGUCCAAUGGAACGACUAGCACUGCCCCCGAGAAGACGGCCGAAGCUGGCAAGAUGAGCCAGCUUGCCAGCUCCACCUCCAUCGCCGCCAAUUCCACUCAGCUUCCGCCCUCGGUGCCGCACUUUGGCCAUGAAGAGAAACAGGGAGGAUUGAGCAAGGGAGCGGUCGCCGGGAUCGUCCUGGCAAUCAUCCUCCUUAUAGUAAGCAUCCCUAUCGUCCUUGCGAUCGUCCGGCGGCGUCGACAACAACGGAAGAGAAAGCUCAGCGCCAUGUUCGACAAAGGCGUCAGGGUCGGCCCGCCCAUUCUCUCCUACAACCCCGUCGGUGUCCCCUCCGCCCCUAACCUUCACCACGACCACCAUGAUAUCUCGCACACAGAGAUCGACGAACUGAUGUCCCGAGUCGCUUCCGUACAGGCUCCCAAACCCGCCCGCCAAUCCAAGAAAUUUUAAAAUACAUAUUUAGACUAUAUAGGCGGACUCUGUUUUAUAUGCUUGCUUCGAAAGAUCGGUCAAAGGUUGAUUGUGAAUCUUAUGAUUGUACAUAAUUAUCGUUAUCCAAACUAUUGUUAUCCAAUCCAUUGUAUUCGUUUUUUAUUAUUUCUUGUCAACCUAGAGCUUGGUUUGUUUCUUGUUUGCGGUCUCCGCCAUCGAAACAUCAUCCAUCCAUCUGUUGUUUUCCGAAACUCACCAGAAAUCGCAUUGCAGUCAGGCCCAUUAAUAUCCACCUCGUUAUUUAUUUAUCUUCCAAUUCUCAUCUGUCAAUGGUUCAAGUUGAUGAUAAUGGUGGAAUGGACUCUGUUUUUUUUUAUCCGUUCUUGAUGUUUGCUAUUAUAAUCAACUGUUGAUGUUUCACUUGUGAACACUCUUAAACCACUAGGGAAAUCAGAUACA